GACACAGACGCGUUGGGAGACGUGUUGUGUCCCACCGCCAACUCACUCUCCAAGUAUGCUCUCCUUCAUGGCAGCGCCGGGUCAGUUUGGUGCCGAGGUCCGGGAGGAGGGACUCAAAGUGUGGAGGGUUGAGAAGAUGAAGACUGUGCUGCUGGAUGCCUCCGAGGUGGGAGCCUUUUAUAACGGGGACUCCUAUCUGGUGCUGGAGAACCGUGGACAAUCGGGAGCCGACCUUCACAUGUGGAUAGGUGAGAAGUCGUCUCGGGACGAGCAGGUGGCGUGUGCCAUGCUGGCCACACAGCUGGACAACUUUCUGAGCGGUGACCCCGUUCAGCACAGGCAGGUCCAGGGCUACGAGUCCCCAGAGUUCAUGGCUCUCUUCCCCAGAGGGGUCAGCUACAAGGUGGGCGGUGUGGACUCAGGCUUCAGGAGGCCUCAGGGCUCUGGGACGGUGCAGAGGUUGUACCAGAUCAAAGGGAAACGCAACAUCCGUGCCAAGGAGGUGGAGCUAUCCUGGAGCAGCUUCAACAAAGGGGACUGCUUCAUCCUCGACCUUGGAGAGAUCAUUGUGUCGUGGAUCGGGUCGCAGGCCAACGUCUUCGAGAAGCAGAAGGUGCGUGAGAUCGCCUCGCUGAUCCGUGACACGGACAGACACGGUAAAGCCCGAAUUGUGGACAGCAGCGAGGGGGACGAGCCGGAGGAGAUGCUGAAGGUCCUGGGACAGAUGCCACAGCUGGCAGAAAGCACACCAGAAGAGGACUGCAAAGCGGACGUUUCUAACUCUGCCUCCCUCUACAAGGUGUCUGACGCGACGGGUUCCAUGACGAUCACCAAAGUGUCGGAGAAAGUCCCGCUUGCCAAGGAUCUGCUGGUUCGUGACGACUGCUUCAUUCUGGACAAUGGCGCCAACGGAAAGAUCUUCGUCUGGAAAGGUAACGGAGCAAAUGCAGAGGAGAAGCAGGAAGCCCUGCAGAUGGCGGAUAACUUCAUCGAACAAAUGAAGUACCCCAGGAUGAAAACACAGGUGGAGAUUUUGCCACAGGGGAAGGAGACCAUCAUUUUCAAGCAGUUCUUCAAGUGGAACUAAAACAUUUGGGAAAGAAUCACACGAAGAAGAAGAAGAAGAAGAAGCUGUAUAUCUGAAAACCGACAGCAUCUGAUGCAAAAUAUUUUUUUUAUAUGCAAUUACUUGUAUGUACAUAUUUGUAAGGUGCUGCGCUGACAAAGCACACUGUAGCUCUUUUUGAAAUUUGUUAGAAUAAGAAAUGUGAUGCCACUUUUAUAAAUGCAAACAAGUUUCUUCUGUUGAAGUUAUAAAGAUUAUAAAGGAAA